AGAGCAGCAGGGCGGUAGUAAAUAGAAGGUGCGCUAGUAUGAGAGGAGAUAAAGAUCACUACUCCUACGAAAUACUUGUUAUAAAACAGGCCAUUAUUCACAGUGGAACCUUCAGUUGGCUCACAAGUUUUGCUUUUGAGACUAAGCGGACUGUCUCCCAAAAGACACAUUUACCGAUGAUGCAUUUACGCACGAGACGUUUGGUUAGUGAAAGGCAUUACUUUUCUUUACGCGCGUUGCACAAGUCUGCAUCCAGCGAUGCGCCCCCGAUCAUCGCGGCCAGGGAGGAGACCCUUCGCCCUGGUCUGAUCCGACCGGAGACCCUGGAAGAUGUGUCCCGUGUGAAGACUCUCAAGGAGAUGCCCGGACCCAGCACGUUUGGAAAUCUGGUGGAGUUCUUCUUUCGCGACGGUUUUAGCAGAAUCCACGAGAUCCAGAUGGACCACCGUCAGAAGUACGGAAAGAUUUUCAAGUCCCGCUUCGGCCCCCAGCUGGUGGUGUCCAUCGCUGACCGCGACUUGGUGGCCCAGGUGCUGCGGGCCGAGAGAGCCACCCCCCAGAGGGCAAACAUGGAGUCCUGGAAGGAGUACCGUGACCUAAGGGGCCGCUCAACCGCUCUCAUCUCUGCGGAGGGUGAGGAAUGGCUGAAGAUGCGUAGUGUGUUGCGGCAGCUGAUCAUGCGACCGCAGGACGUGGCCGUGUUCUCAGAGGAUGUGAACCUUGUGGUGGACGACCUGGUUAAGAGGGUCCGCUCCCUACGCAGCCAAUCAUCUGACGGGGAGUCUGUGGUCAACAUCAAUGACCUGUUCUUCCAGUACGCCAUGGAGGGAAUGGCCUCCAUCCUGUAUGAAACUCGUCUGGGCUGUCUGGAGGAGGAGGUGCCAAAAGAUACGCAGGACUACAUCGCUGCUCUGCACCUCAUGUUCAGCUCCUUCAAGACCACCAUGUACGCCGGGGCCAUCCCAAAGUGGCUCCGGCCUGUCCUACCCGGGCCCUGGGAGGACUUCUGCAGCUCCUGGGACGGCCUUUUCAACUUCAGUCAAGUCCAUGUCAGUAAGAGGUUGGAGGAGGUCAGAGGUCAGUCAGAGCGGGGGGAGGAGGUGAAGGGGGGUCUACUCACCCACAUGCUGGUUACCAUGGAGAUGAGCCUGGAGGAGAUCUAUGCCAACGCGACGGAGAUGCUGCUGGCAGGCGUCGACACGACAUCGUUCACCCUGACCUGGGCGGUCUACAUGCUGGCUCUGAACAAGGAGGUGCAGCAGGAGAUCUACGAGGAGGUGCUGGGGGUCCUGGGGCUGGAGGAGACCCCCACCGCCGACCACGUUACUCGCCUCCCCCUCAUCCGAGGCCUCGUUAAGGAGACGCUCAGGCUAUUUCCAGUUCUCCCCGGCAAUGGGCGGGUUACCCAGGAUGACUUGGUGGUGGGAGGAUACUUCAUACCUAAAGGGACCCAGCUGGCUCUUUGUCACUACUCCACAUCUAUGGAGGAGGAGAACUUCCCGGACGCCGGAGACUUCCGUCCGGCACGCUGGGUCCGAAAGGACAACACGGACCGCGUGGACAACUUUGGCUCCAUCCCGUUCGGCUACGGCCUCCGCAGCUGCAUCGGCCGCAGGGUAGCGGAGCUUGAGAUGCACUUAGCCCUUGCAAGGCUGAUCCAGAGGUUCAACAUCGACGUGUCCCCACUUCUCUCCUCGGAGGUCAAAGCCAAGACCCAUGGUCUGCUGUGUCCCGCGGCGCCAGUACACAUCCGGUUCAGAGACAGAGACCCCUAGACACGCUGGAGACAGAGAUAGAUACCUAAAGACAGACACCAUAGACCUAGACCACCUAAAGACAUAGACCCCUUUAGACAUAGUGCAACUAGACCCACUACACCACCUUACAGACAUAAACCCCUUCUAGGCAGACCAAAUAAACCCCCAUGUGAAGAUGUGAAUGGCAUCUUCACUGUGUUAACAUGUUUUAAAAGAUUCACGUGUUCCUGUCCGACUGUUAGCCCUGUAAUAGUCUGCAGCUGUGGCUCAUAGGUUAAUUGAGCCACACCCAUUCUUGUGCUCCUUAAGAGGGCCAGAGUUCUAAACUGGAGGGAGGCUUGAGUUGCGCAAGUGACUCGACCGUUGUGGUAUUGUUUUUAAAUAAAAAUAUGUUUUUACCAACAUUGCGUCAAGGAAACUCUUUUUCCACCCCUACACACCUACUCUAUAACUGACAAAACCACCUAGCGAGAGAAACCAAGAGACAUAAACCAGUGGAGGCUUAUCCAGUGAGGAGAGGGAGGAAGAUCCUACUUAAACAUUGUUGAGAAUAAAAAAAUUUGAUUGGCCAGACCACUGUAAUGAAUUAAUGCCCUUAAAUAUCACUACUUUAAUGCCUUUGUAUAUGUAAUGUUCGUUUCCAUGGGUAAAGGGACAUUAGCACCCCCUAUCGCCAAUUACAUUUAAAAUGGCAUCACUUCUGGUUUUGUGUCUUUAUUUUUCUUAACACAAUUGUAGCUGAAAAUAUGAUGGACCCAGAUUUUUUUAUUUAGUUUUACAAAUCAUGAGAAGGCCAGAUUUGACGCAGGGGGAGAACACACAACACAACAGCUGUGGCUAUGACAAAAGGGAUGCUGUACUCCUCAAAUUUCUGUCUGGAUCCAUGCAUAGUGUAUCUUCAUUUUUCAGGUUCACCUCACUUCUUUUCACCCACUGUAGGGAAGAUAGAGGCCGUUCUGACUUCUAACCAAAAUAAUGAGUCUACGCUA